AUUUGCCACCAAUGUAUAAAAUCCUACCAUCAUUUAAAACAACUGAAGAACAUUUUCGUCCGUCAAGGAAGAGCAAGAUUAGGAUUCCAAAAGGUCCAAGUGCAGGUGGAAGUUCAUCACCAGAU